AUGAAUAAUAAUCUUAAUAAAAACGAUCAAUCAUUAAAUCCUCAAAAUACUCUUAAUCAUCUAUCUGAAAAAUGGCAUGUUUCAAUAACAAGUGAAGAAUUUGCUCGUAAACUCGAUGAAAAUGAUUCAUUGAGGAAUUUACGCGAUGAAUUCUACAUACCAAAAGUUGGUGGUCUACCCAAAGUCGAUAAAGCACGUACAGAUCCUCAGAGUGAUAGUAUCUAUUUAUGUGGACAUUCAUUAGGUUUACAACCAAAACGAGUACGAAAAUUAAUUGAUAUCUGGCUAAAAGAUUGGGCUGAUUUAGGAGUCUAUGGUCAUAUUUACGGUACAAAUCCAUUUGCAUAUUGUGAUUAUCCAUGUAUACCAACAUUGAAAACACUGCUUGGUGCUGAAGAUAAUGAAGUAGGCAUAAUGAAUCAACUGACGACUAAUAUUCAUUUUAUGAUGAUUUCAUUUUAUCGACCGACAUCCAAACGUUUUAAAAUUCUCUAUGAAGAACGAGCAUUUCCUAGUGAUGAAUAUGCUUUUCAAUCACAAAUUCAAUUUCAUGGAUAUAAACUAGAAGAAGCAGCACUAAAAAUAAAACCACGAGCAAAUGAAGAUUGUAUUAGAACAGAAGAUAUUCUUGAAUUACUUAAACAACAAGGUCAAUCUAUCGCUCUUGUUCUUCUUAGUGGUGUACAAUAUUAUACAGGACAAUUAUUUGAAAUUGAAACUAUUACUCGAGCUGCUCAACAAUAUGGAUGUGUUGUUGGAUGGGAUUUAGCACAUACUGUUGGUAACGUUCCAUUGAAAUUACAUGAUUGGAAUGUUGAUUUUGCUGUUUUUUGUUCAUAUAAAUAUUUAAAUUCAAGUGCGGGAUGUAUUGGUGGUAUAUUUGUUCAUUCUAAUCAUUUUGAUAAAAACUAUCCACGUUUUGAUGGUUGGUGGGGUAAUCGAGAUGAAACACGAUUUCAAAUGAAUACAGAAAUUGAUCGAGGUAUUGGAGCAAAUGGAUUUCGCAAUAGUAAUCCAUCUAUUCAUCAGUGUGCAACAUUAGCAGCAAGUCUUCAGAAAAAUAAAAUUUGUAAAAUAGUCAAAUCAAAAAUGUUUAAUGCAUCACUUAAACAUUCAAUAUAUAUACUUCCUUGUUUAUUAACAGAACCAUCAAGUUCGUAUAAAAUAAAUACUUUAACACCAACAGAUCCUGAACAAAGAGGUGCACAACUUUCAUUUCGUAUUAUUGGUGUUGAUGCUCGAAAGCUAUUUAAUGAACUUGAACACUUAGGUGUUUGUUUAGAUCUUCGUGGUGAUGUUAUUCGUGUUGCACCGAUACCUCUUUAUAAUUCAUUUAUGGAUGUCUAUCGAUUUGUAUCGCUUUUAAAAACAAUCAAAGUCUAA